CGCGAUAGGAGGAGGUCAGGGGUGAGUGAAUUUGUUAAAGUAUUUGAGUAAGACUGCCACCGCAGCACGCGACAGAACCUUCAGUCGAGUUCUAGGUACGAUGAUCGUCAAGCUGACGGGCCCAUUGUCACGUACUGUGCACAAUUAACACAGUUGACUCGCUAAAGAAAAGCAGUUCUGAAAUUUUAUGGAUAGAUUGAACUCGGUCCUGAUGUAAUGCUCGCGCUGAUUGCUGUUCUUGGUUGUUGUUGUCGCUUGCAUCUCGCUAUCGCAACUGGCUGUGGGAGGAGUCUGCCUCCAGGAGGAUGUUACCAGACAGCGGACCUGCCCGACAGAAUGGGAAAGCAAGUGUAUGCUAAGUGCGCCGUCUCAGUUGAAGUCAUUAUGCUCGUAACAAUACUUUGAAGCGCUAGAAAGGAUCAUCACGUCGGAGUGAGACGGGGAUGUGUGACGUGGGAGUGAUGCUACUGAUGUCAGUCAUUGGUCCGAAGUCCAUGUAGAAGCAAGGGAGGGAGGGAUAGCUGGCUGGCUCUGGGCUGGGGAAUCGAGAUUUGGUGAUCAGCAAUCGAGAGGGAGUGAGAAGUAGGGGGCUAGUAGCGCUAGACCAACAGAUGCGCUUUGCAGCCCGCUGGAUGUAACCUGUGGAGAAAUGGGAGGCUCGCUCGUCAUCGCCCCUGCUCCCACAAUAUGUCUGACAGACACAUCGUCUGCUUCAUAAACGCAUGCACGCAGUGGAGUGCGUGUGACAGAGUUUGUCCCGCUGACUUAGUAAGUGACAGGACACUCGAGUAUGUCUGUUAGAAACGGUGGGUGGGUGGGUAAGGGAGCAAAAUCUGAAGCCGUGGCUGUCGAGGCGAGGUCAAGAGUUCGUCCCAUGGCUGGUGGCGACUUGGUCAUUUCCUGCGGGCAGAGAUCACCAAUUGGUCGUGUUUCGCCAGGGUCUGAUCGCUCGUGUUUGAGUCGAACGAGGAGUUUCGAAACGUGUUUAGGCAGUAGUAGAGUUUUUAGAGUGGUAUUGGCAUUGAGAAGAAAAGGAUUUGCUGGAAGAGAAUGCGAUCGGAAGAGAAGAGUCGGUUGCGCUUUCGGAGGCGGUGGGUCAGACACGGAAUCUUGUAAUGUGGAAUUGCCGGUACUCACACUCUACGAGCUGUUAGAGAUAUCUCAGGAAGUCGGCCUUUCGGAAAUCAAAACUGCUUACAGGCAAAUGGCGCGCCGUUAUCAUCCUGAUGUGUGCCCGCCGUCCGCGAGGGAUGAAUGCACCAAAAAGUUUUUGCAGGUGCAGGAGGCCUAUGAAAUUCUGGUAGACCCUGACUUGCGAGCCGAUUAUGACUUUCGGCUUCGAAAUCCUUUAUCCGUCCAAGCUCUUACGUCAGGAUUCGCUUGCGAUCGGAGAUCUGGACAACGGCGGGGAAGAGUUACCCGUGGCGAGGUCGUUGCCAAGGAAGCAUGGAAAGCUCAUUGGGAAGAGCAGGUGGGCGAAUUGAGGAGAUCGGGUCGGCGGAAGCCGGGCUCGUGGGCUGAAAGAAUGAGGCAGCAACGCGAGGAACGGGGAGAAGGUCCUUCUUAGGGCACACAUAUAUACCAGCGCUAUUAAUCACUUCCCGAAUUCGGUCUGCUGUGUCGUGGUGGUGCUAAUGCUGCAUCGUCUACAACAACCUCCAGCUCUCUCAUGCACAUGGCCGAACCUUACAGAUUGUGUCAGGGCAGUGUUCCUGUGGCUAAAGACUUAUGUGCCACUUUGUUAGGACCUCGAUCCCGCUUUCGAAGAGUUGUUUAAGGAUUUUGUUUGCCACCCGGCCGGAGUUUCUCCAAAGAAAGACCACAGCUCGAAGGAUGAACGGAUCCUCUUGGGGUAUUUAUCUUUCUCUGCGACAAAAGCGGUACUUGUACACACAGAUACAAUUAGUCGCGCCAUAGUUCAUGUAUGGUGCAAAACCCCGCUCCUUGAUUAAUCAUGUGUACACAACCCUGAAGUUAAGCACAAAUGUACAGAUAGCGGAUCUUUUAUGGGCGCAGGGCCCAAACAAGGAUGGAGACAGAAUAGUGUCCCGCAUGCAAGUCAUUCAUCACUUUUCUGAACUCAAGCAGACUGUAGUUGAUUUAUGUGCGGUUGGCGAUGUGGUCUCGCUCUCCACCAAAAGAGUGUUAACAGGUAAAUGGUAAAUGGAACGUGCGUGAGCUUGACUUUGGACUGAGCAUGGUGGUGACAUUUUCCGGCCUGGAAAGUAGUGGCACUUGCUGAUUCUGAUGGCGAUGAUUCCAACUUGCUCUUCAGGCUUGGCGGAUGGAGCAUGCACAAUUGAAUUAGGAAACCUGUGAAUGGUAGUGAUGCCAUAUAAAUACCUUCUCAUCAGGUGCUCUUGUUCAUACAGAUGUACUGACGAACUGGUGACGUGUUCUCACCAAAUAUAUUCUUCCUGUGUUUUGAGACUCCUCGUAAACACUUGUUACCUCUCGCUGCUAUCUUGACACUAAUUUAGAUUGGAGUCUCUUUGAUAAAAAACUUUUUUUUUCUUGCAGCUUAGUUGCGAACGUGACCUCCCGGCUUUCUCGCUUCUGCCAUUCUGCCGCCGUUAUCUUCUUCACGUUUCUCAUGUUUAAUGAGGAACAUUAAACAUGAGAAGCUGGUGAAGUCCCGAACUGAUUGCAUGUGGGAAAUCAUUGUAACUUAUUGAAGUUUUGGUAAUGUGGACCAGGUAGCUAUACCGAACGCUAGCCGCCACCACGCAUGAAAUUAUAGCCCGAUAUGUAAAACUUGACUAGAAUGUUCUUGUUGGCGCGAUGGCUGGAUGAGAAUAUGCAGAAUCUAGCUAAACAUGGCAAAUUUGUUGUCAUGUUUGUCAUACCAUGAUCAUCUCCAGCAACAUGAUCAUCUCCAGCAACAGUGCAUAUUCUAUCAUUGAAUCGUGAAGGAUACAAGGCUCAUUUUCUUGUCUCUUGGAUAGUCCAUCUAUCGUGGAGUGUUUUGCCGUUGUUUUUGGAAACCUUUUUGCAAACCUCUAUCUAUCUCAUGUGUGGCGGUGAAGUACGUUAUUCUACCGGGUAGAAACUUUCAGAUGGAUUUACAAAUCUGCUGUUGACAGAAGUAUUUGCCAAGUUGUAGCAUAUAUCAGUUAUAAAGUUGUGGGAAAUAGUGGGUUGUGCUCUUAAUAGAGCAACCUUGCUAGUUUACCAUUUACCAUAUCAUAUUACUAGCACAUGAUGCAAUUAGUUUAUAGAAACACCUUGAUAUUUUGGUUAGUUUUUGUACUCGAAAUCAGAUGGAAGUCAAUCUGAAAAAAUGAUCUUUGAUUUUUUCAGAUUGGCCAUUAGAUCCAAGUUCUCUCUCUUUUACAAGGGAUUAGAAUUGGAACAAGUGAAAGUUACAAAUAUUUAGGUAUUGAUUUUUCUCAGAAUUAUAGUUGGGCACUUUGUGUACAAAAGAGAAUAGAAGCUGGUUACAAGACUCUAUAUUCAUUGUUGAGGAUGAAGAGCAUAUAUUUCUUAUUUGUACUAGAUAUGCAGAGAUUAGAGUGACUCAUAAUAUAGAUGUAGAGAAUUUUUAGUCUUUGUUACAGUUAGUUUCUUUUGAUUUAGGUUGUUAUAUUAAGGACAUUAUUAGUUAUCAUUCUAGUGCUCUUGGCACUAGCUAGGGUUUGGCAAA